GCUUCAGAUAUGAUUAUCGGGAAUUUCCGAUAAUGUAACGAAAAUAGUCCGGAAGUUUACGAGAGUGCGAUCCACGUUUCUUCGACUGAUCACGUGCCAAGCAGAGUAUGUGUUUUGCUGAGCUUCGAAAAUAAAGUUCUAAAAUUGGUGUUGUUGUUUGUAUUUAUCCAGUUUUAACGGGUUUCCACUCCUUUUGCAAUGUGGAAAGCUUGUGAACGACUGAGGAACUGUGGACAUGAAUUAGGGGUAUUUUAAACCCAGUUUUACUUGUGGAAAAGCCCCAAAAGAGUGCAAUUUUUGGACAUGUCUCUGACACCGGAAAGUCAAGCCAGCAAAAGCCGUUUGCAACUCGAAGAGUACCGUGGAAAGUUUCCUGAAAUUCCGGAACAGGAUUUGCUUCAAAUCGUCCAGAAGGUAAGACAUUUUGCAGUUCAAAAGCGUCAAAUAAUUUCCUAUUAAUCUUGCCUCGGAUUAGAUAUGUUUUCGCCAUUCAAAAAGCACUGUUAUUGCGGACAAAUAAAUACGAGUAAUAAUAUGUUUGUUUGUUUAUACAUUUUGAGUUUCGAGGCCAGUGGAGUGCUAGUUUUUGGUGAAAUUUCAGACGAAAUUUGAAAUAUAUGUUCGAUGGAAUGUAUUGAAGAUCUUCCAAAGGGGGUUUACCAAACUUCCCUUGGAAAUGACGAAACUAGACUCUUGAAGACAAUUUGCUGUCAAAUUUCGAAGUGCUUGCUGUGAUAUAGCUAGUUUAUGAAAUAUGAAGUGCUUAUUGAUUCAGCGUUUAUUCUGUCAAUGAUGAGAUAAUUUGUAUCUUUGUAAAUCCUUUAUCACGUUAAAGUAUGUAAUGAUGAUUUAAUGAUAACAGAAAUCAGUUUGUAUGUUAUAUCAAAAGUGAUGAAAUGUGAUAUGGCAUAAAUAUUGAAAUAUUUUAGAAAUUUGUAAACAACCAUUUUAAAUAUUUUCCCUUAAAGUGGCGGCACUCUCCACUUGACGAGUAAAAUUGUCUGGUGUUAGACAGAGUAAAAUACUAAAGUAGGGUGCAUCAGCGUUAAUUGCCACUUAAUGCGCGAAUCAAAUCGAAACCUUGACAUCCCCCCCCGGGCAUACCCCCGGGAAUUUGGAUUUUGACGUUUUGGUCAGGUCAAAUUCCCUACAUAUAUUUGUAAUUCCCGUUCAAAUACACCACGUAUUGGGAAAAAUUGGAGUUCAAAUGCCCCACCCCAUGUACGAAUUGGAAGCUACAGCAUUUUGCAAUUUUGGAAUUUCAAAGUUUUUCUUUCCUUCAAAAACUCUCUUCAAUCGUUCAAAGCCGUUUUCUUGUAGCCAACCAAGGACAAAGUUAAUUCCUUUGCACUUGAAGACCUUGAACUCAUCCAUUUAUAAUUAUUGACGCCAUUUUGGAUUCUGCACACGUGUUUAAAAGAAAAAUUCAAAUUCCCGACCCCCUUCAAAUUCCCCACCUUCCACUAGAAAAAAAAGGUCAAAUUCCCGCCUUCUUAAAAUACUAAACAAGCAAAUUCCCCAGGUAUGCCCGGGGGGGGAUGUCAAGGUUUCGAUUUGAUUCGCGCAUAAGGGGUUAAUUAUCAUGCACAUUACAUGUAACUUGCUAUAGGCGAGUGGUCUGUUUCAAGGACGAAACAAAGAAAUGAUAGUUGAUAUGGCGAUUUGUCUUGUGCAGUAAAGGUGUUUGUAAAGUUGCUGACAAAGUCUGACAAAGCUUUGUGCAUUCUAAAGGAUGUUGUUAUUUUUUCCAGUAUGCUUCUGAUCCAGAGUCUUGUCAAAAAAUACUUGAACAAGAGAGCAAGAAAUGUCUGUAUGGGAGUUCACCCACGCCAGAUCCCCCCAGCCCACUCAAGGUUCGGAGUAGAACUGAUGGUGUAUCUCCGUUUGAUCUUCCUCGCUCCAACUCUACAGGCAGUGCAGGCUCCAGUCAUUCCAGCGGUCGGUCCACGCCAGUGAAUGUGAUACCCACUCCAUAUGUUGUCCCACCUAGAUACCCAGUGGCUACCACAGCUGGGCAGGUUGUCACACCUGUUCACACAGGCGGGUUACCGCCAGGGACUGUAUGUAUCAAUGGUAACUAUUACCAACUAGUACCGAGCACUGGUCAUGUACCUGGUAUGCCAACAAACAACCCCCAAAAUACUUCACCAUCCGCCUCUGUAGCCAACCAUACCUCGCCAAACACUGGUUACCCCAUUUACAGCACCAAUGGUUACUUCACAACAGAUAGUGGUAGAAACACGCCAAAGAAUCCACCAAUAUCGACAGUUGCCCCUCAAGGCGUGGGACCUGGUAUGUCAAUUCCCACUGGGUAUUUUUCCCCUGCCAGCCAGACGCAAGGGUACUCGACGUCUUAUCCUGUCGCUGGUCUAUUUGACCCGAGAUACCACACGUUACCAGGUAUCACGUUUUAUAUAUUUAGAAUGAAUUUAUAAUGAUUACCGUCAUACAAUAGUUCCUAAAAUAUCAUUCUUACUCCUGCGUUUGAUCUAGGAAACAUUCCAUUACCAAUGAUUUCUACUCCAAACAUGCCAACAAGCUCUAACGUCAGACCUCUGUGUUCAACCAGUCCUGCUAACCGACAGGAGGCCGCUACGUUGAUGACUGAUGAACGCAGACAUUUGAAUAUCUCUCCAAAUCGAAUGGGUGUACACUCCGGACAAUUUGACACCAGGUUUCAAACGAAUCCAGCGGGAAAUUCCAGCCGGCAAAAUUUAGAACCCUUGUAUAUAUCUACUAGUCCUGGCAUGAAUAGCCCUGAAAUUUUACGAAGGUUGAAUAGGUCGGGUGGAAGCCCUGAGGAACUGCAGAAAGCGUUAGGAGCUCUGGGAGUAGUGAAUAGACAACCUGUCGCAAAUGAUGAUUAUCUACGAGGUUUGUUAUACAGUGUUUCAAAGUUUUAACUUGUAAGAGUUGAUUGUGUGUGAGAUUAAUUGUACCAGUGCAAUGCAUCACAACCUGUGUGCAGUUGUGGAGACAAGGGUCUGUGCACUCGCUAACAAAUUGUGUCAAAUAUCAUGGGCUAUUUACAUCUUGUACUGAUGCAGUAAUGACUUUCUCACUCUUUUGUUUUAGCUUGUUUUUCUCAUCAACAGAAAAGAUUUCAGAAACUUCAAAAGGUAAAAUUUUCUUUUCUAGCGAUCUCCGUUCUUCCUCAAAUUAAGCGACACAAAACAAGUACAAACAACUAAGAAUUGGUUUAUUUUUACAGGAGUAUUCAAUUGAAAAAGAAAGAUUAGAUAUUGUUAUCAAGGAUAUUACUGAGCGAGAUGGAGCACUUUAUGAUAUGAAAUAUAUUGUAGAACCUAAUCCAACGGUAAAAGAUGAUUUGGGUGUUUAGACCUGAUAGAACUAUCCAUAAUAUAAAUAAAAUUAGUUUAGUUUAGGUUUAAUUCCUCCUGUAGUAACACUGGAUCAAUAAGACAUUAUCCUUACUGGACCUCCAGGAACAACAGUUUAGAACAGAGAGAGUUAUAUAAAUCAAACCUUUAAUAAACAGUUUAGAACUGAUCAAUAUUUUGUUUGUUUUCCCAGGAUGAGCAAUUGGCAAGACUUUCAGAAGAGAAUGAAAAGUUAAAGCGAACGAUAGAUGAAAUAUCAAAGAAUAUUGACAGACUGGAAAAUGGACAAGGUACAUAUUUUGUUUUUAAUAAAGUGGUUAGUGAAUUGUUGUGCUAUCCUUUGAUUUAGGGUUCCACAUUUAUUUGGCAGGAGGGAUGCAAACGUGUUAUGUGGUACAACCUUGGUGAUUAAAUAUUGUUGAUUAAUUUAAAACUUGUUACAACUUGAUAAAAAGUAAUUUGAAAAUGGUUUCAUUGACUUUCCAUGGACGAAACACUGAAACAUAUGAGCAAAAUAACACUUGAAUCUGUAAAUAAUCUGGAUUCCAUUUUCAUCUAGCCUGAGUGUCAGACGAAUAUAAUUCGUUAUUUAUAAUAUUCGUUUUCAUCAGUCAGUUGUACCUUUUGCACACCUUUGCUGCUUAAAUGUGGGCCAUUUCUCUCUUCGUACAACAUUAUAGCCUCAUGCAAAAUCUCUGAAAGAUUUGAAAAGCCAAGAAUUACGUCUUGUAUGAUGAUUUAAUUUUAAAUUUCCAGCAUUUCUGCCGCCAGCUGAUCCCCGUAUACAUGAUACUCAACGACUGCCCUCUAGUCCGAGACAUGGCAGGGGUAAGUUGUAUUGACUGCAAUUUGCAGCAUCUGCAUAUCCACAGAUACCAAUAUUUUUAUGCCAAUUAAACUGUUUCUGGACUGGAUGCAACAAAAUGUCAAAUACUAGCAUAUGUGUUGCUGUAAUCAUUUGCCAAAGCUUGUUUUUGCCAAACCUAUGUCAAUUGUUUGUUGAAAAUUUGUGAGCGUCUGUAUAAAAAAAAUGCACAAUGUUUCAUAGGGAAAUGCCAAGUGGAAUAUUUUGAAUCCUGGCAUUUCUGUUGGAUGCUGAAAAAUGUUUUAAAUUUCAGACUGUGCCCUGCAUAUACCCAUCUGUACUUAACAGUUAGACGACCGGUUUUAACCAGAACAGCCCGUCUUUAGUAGUAACGAUGCAAUUCAUAUAUUUUUACAGAAACAAUUGACAGAUCAAAUAGUGUGCCCUGCCUACGCCCCGAGAAAGGUAAAUUAUUCCAGCACUACUGUAGCAAUUUAAUUGCUCUAAUUUUGGCUCGAGUUUGUAGUGUAUAUCCGAUACAACACAGCUGCUUACGUUGUAAAUGGUGCAUAACUACCCUCUCAAAAUAGAGAUUUUAUUAUAUUUUUAUAAUUUUUGAUUGUGGCACAAUCUGUAAAUCACUAAAUAGCAAGAUCUCGCCUAAGAAGGUUCUUUAUGUACAGAUCAUGAGAAGAGCAUUAUCACAAUGUGUAUAUUACUAAAUGUUAGAUUUUCCUGAUGUAGGUCGAGUUCCCCCGCCACCAUUGUCGCGUCCUUUGUCAGAACAUGAUAUUCAAGAUCAUCUGCUACACGUCAACAAAGAUAACGUCCAUUGUAAGUAUAUAUAAUAAUUUCACUUUGAUCUUACUAUCAUUUUCCCAAGGGGAAGUGCAUGGCUUUUCAGGGGAGGUGCAGAAUAUCUCUGGGAAGAUGCAAAACAACUUGCGCACCUUGCCUCCAAAUCCGACCAUGUUUUCAAAUAAAAUUUCAAUGUCACAAGCAUACUGCCUCCUAAAGACUAUAACUGAGCUACAUAUAUAUUGCAUAAAUAACUGAGAUUUGCAGCUACAAAAGGUGGUUCAAUUAUUAAAGUCUGUAAUCUUGAAUAUUGUAGAUCAAAUCAAACCAUCCCAUGAUACAACUCUGCCAGGUUGGGAUUUUAUUAAUCCUACCAAUCCUGAUCCAAUACCUCCUGCGAAUUAUGAUGACGACGGUAUGUAUAGCAAGAUUCAUGUUUUGACACUACUGUCUUAGUGUCUAGUGUUUACAUACAAAGGCAAAAUUAUCUUGUGAUAAAAACACUUUAGAAUUAUUAAAGCUAUCCAGAAUAAAUAGAAUUUGCUAAAUAAUAUGUAAAAAUGUUUUGUUUAGAGACGCAAUGGAGUUGUUCCAGAUGUACGUUUCUCAACCAUGAAAGUUUAACAGUUUGUGAAAUAUGCAGCAGUAGUCGUCACCAAUAAUAUUUUUACUCUGGGGAAUUUUGUGCCAACUUUGCAUUUGGUAUUGUAUAUAAGAUUUUAAUAAGUUCUGCGUAUGUUGCAUCACAAGGAAAUAAUUGUUUUGUACCAGGAUUAGUUAUUAUUGCAUGCUUUUGAUCCGUACAUGUAUUUUCAUCACAGCUAAUAAUGGUCAUAUGCCAGAAACAGUCUGGACAAACUUGGGCAAAGAGAAGGUAGUUGGUCUGAUAUUAAACAUGGCUAAUUUCUGUUUCUAGUAUAAAGCCUGGUGGUGUACGUCUAUCAAAGUGAUCACAAUUCUGCAUAGAUAAAGUUUUGAAGAAUUUGUAAAAAAUGUUUGCAGAAACUGACGGCAAAUCAGUCCCCUCAAAUAUUUCAUACAAAUCCUUCAGAACUUAGAGUUUACCUGUGCAAAAUUUCUACUGUGAUCAUGGAAACUUUGAUAGUGUAAAAACCAGACUUAAAUCUGGCCAUUACCAGAACUGCUGAAGGUCCAAGCUUACAGAUCAAAAGAUUUGCUAAAUAAAUUAACAUUUCCCACCAAACAAAUUUUGAAUCGCUUCAAUUAGCGCUGUUCAUCAGUGACACACUACCAAAACAAUCAUAUAUGCAAGCCCUAGGUAAUAUUUUCUUUCAAUGUUUCCAUGGCAACAUAUGUAUGUUUUGGUUUUUCGAAAAUACUAUGGUGUUUUUCAGGAAUCAAAACAUAUGUAUAAGCCCUAAGGUAUUUGUACAUUUUUGGAAAGUUUCAAAGCCUUUGAUAAUUUUUCAACAAGAGGAACUGUAUGUAGAUAGUCGUUUCAACAAAUUUACCAAGGGAACAUGCCAGAAUGUAAUUUGUCUUGAAUUAACUGAGUUGAAAAAUAGACCUGUUUGAAGCUACUGACGUAUUUGAAAUUGCCCACAAAUUUUGCUGUAUUAUGAGAUAAGUGGGCAUCUUGUCAAUUAAGUGUCGAUGAGCAAUCCAGGCAAAAUCAUUUAUAUUCUGGCAUGUUCCCUUGGAAUACAAGAUAUUUUAAAUAGUAUUGUAUAUUUUUUACAUAUAAAUGGCAAUAUUGAUAGGAUAUUGAGAAAAAAUUGAAAAAUAAUUAUUUAACUUUGUCUAAGUAUGUGACAUGAGUGAUUCGCUGUACAAAUUAUAUCGAAUGAAAUUUUGGAAAAAAUAAAAAUAAUGGGUCUGUGGUAGUGUAGAGCCAGUGGCAAUAACAAGGAAGCUUUGGGAUGCAACUUUCAAGCGAUGGCCCUUCGUCAGGAGUUACCAGCUAACUGUCAAUCCCAAGCUUUCUCAAAAUUAAAACAAACUUCAUACAUUCAUCACAUGAAUUCCUUCAAAGCUUUAUUUAAUAGUUGUCUUCAAAUUCAAAAGUUGAAGGAUCCAUUUCGACAAUGCUCUCAGACCAUUGGGCAAUAUCAGUGCAUAUUUCCCCACUAUUUUCAGCACAUUUCACAGACUCUGCACUAUCUUGCUGUAGUAAUGGUUUUCCACCUGGGAUGCCAUUCACAUACUGAGCAAGAUCUUGCAUUCUGGUGCCUUGGUUUGAAUAACACGAAGUGUUAGUUUGAUUAUAGAGUUGAAGACGAUGUAACCAUUCAGUCCAGUAAUAUUCACAAGUGUCUGGUGGCAGCCAUAUUGUGUCAGCCGGGGAUCCGUCUUGGUAAACUAGAACCAGCAACCCAUGGUUUAUCU